AUAUAUUUUUGGAUGAUGUAACAGAGAUGUUUUUAUUUUUUUGUUUUUUAUAAACACAGUUUAAAGAAGCCUUAAAAUUUUUAUGAGGAAAUAAAACUCUUCGUAUGCACAGUUUUUAUUGACUUAAAAAAAUAAUAAAAAAUUUUCCAAGAUUUUGUUUAAAUGAAUGAUAGUCAAGAUGAAGUGUUUUACGAGCCAAAGAGUUACUUUACAGAGAAAAUGACAAAUAACUCUACUUUUAAUGAAAAACAGUCUUCUGCUCGACGCAAAUCUCACCGGUUGUCAAGCGGUGACCGGUCGCCUCUAGAUCAAAGUAGAAAUUCGAGUUGUCAAAAUAUUUCUACUAAACCACAGGAACUUAAAGCAAAAAGGAUAUCUCAAACGUUUCUCGAUCAUAUCAGUCAGCAAUUUAAAGAUAUUUCAAUAACGCGGUCAUCAAGUUUUGAAAAAGUUUCAAAAACAUCGAUAAAAAGGACUAAAAGUGCAUCCAUCGAAACUGAGCAGAAAAGUGGCUCUUGUUUAGAACCAAUAGAAACCUCAAGUUUAUUAAACUCAAGUUUACAAUGCUUAAAAGCUGAUCUUAAAAGAUCAAAAAGUGAUAACUCGGCAAUAAAACUCGAUAACUCGGCGAUAAAGUGGAAUAACUUUUCCAAUCUUCCUAACAAACCUCUUGAACCUUUUCUUUAUACACCUGAUGUUUUUUAUAACAAAGAAGGAAACUUCUCCGAAAUACUAAUAUAAUUGUUUUUUUUUUAUAAGAAAUGUUUAUAAGAAAUCAUUUAGUUAUUUUACAAGAAAUGUUAUCAUUUAACUCUAUUACAAGAAAUGUUAUCAUUUAGUUCUAUGCAAAAAGAUUCAACUUUUCACUUUAAGAUUAUACCUAUCAUUUUGAGAAUUAUUUGUUACUUA